AUAGCUAGACUUUCAUUUUUGUUCAACAGAAACCAAACGUGGAUUUCUCGCAGUGUAGCGGAUGCGUUCCUGCGUUUGCGCGCACACAUGACUCUGGUCGGAGCAGAUCAUAACAGAAUCCAUGCCACAGACGUGCAUGCAGUCUGGUACCUGACCACGCAAGCAGUACCCGGGCUGCCCAGCGUCAUCAACAACGACCACGGCUCCACCAGUGACUCAGACUCUGACAGCGGGAUAACUCACAGCCACAUGGGCUUCCUGGUGUCCAAGACGUACACGGUGUCGGAGGACGGCUACGGCUGUCUGUCGGGCUUCCGUGCUGCUACCCAAUGAAUAUUUGGGAAAAGAAGUCACUAAGCGUGACUUUUUAAUACAUUCUGUGUGUUUGGAAAUUGUUUGUUUCUAACCCUUUCUUGUUUUUUUGCAAGAAACAAAAAUAGUGAACAGGCAGCAUUUUUUAGGAUUAUAGAAUGAUUGAAUGAUGGAAUAAACAAAGAUUAGUUGGUUAUGAGAUGGUUUAAUAGACAAAUAUACCAUUGGGAAAACCAGUUAUAUAUUUUUAAACAACAAAAGCAAUCAAAGCAGAAAGAAAGUCAAACUGUAUAAUCAAAUAAAACGAGAUGAUCCAUGAUUUGAACAUUAACUUUGCAGUUUUCAGUAAGUCGUAACUCCUCCUUCGGUAUCUCCUUAUUGUACCGACAGCGAUACAUUAUUUCACUUUCUUAUGAAAAAAUGUACUUAUUGUAAGACUCUUUG